CCUGUGUGACUGCGAGGAAGAUGAAGAAAGUAGCCGAGCCUGAGGGGCGGCUGUGACUCCCUGGCCGAGGUCCUUGCCGCUUUCGCCGCCGGGAGCGUCCCUCCUCUUGGGGUUCCGUGCGUCGGAGCGCCCCAGUGGCCUGGCCCCGCCGGUGGAAUGGUCGCCGAGGCCCACGGCGGCGGGCGUCCGCGCGCCCCGUAAACGGACGGGGGGAGGCUCGAGGGACCUCCGCCCCCACGCCAGGCGAGAAAGCCCCCGGCACGGCAAAUGUGCAAUACCAACAUGUCUGUGUCUACUGACGGUGCUGUAAGCACCUCACAGAUUCCAGCUUCGGAACAAGAGACCCUGGUUAGACCAAAGCCAUUGCUUUUGAAGUUGUUAAAGUCUGUUGGUGCACAAAAAGACACUUACACCAUGAAAGAGGUUAUAUUUUAUUUUGGCCAGUACAUUAUGACUAAACGAUUGUAUGAUGAGAAGCAACAACAUAUUGUGUAUUGUUCAAAUGAUCUUCUUGGAGAUUUGUUUGGAGUGCCAAGCUUCUCUGUGAAAGAGCACAGGAAAAUAUAUACAAUGAUCUACAGAAACUUGGUAGUAGUCAAUCAGCAGGAACCAUCAGAUUCAAGUACAUCUGUGAGUGAGAACAGGUGUCACCUUGAAGGUGGGAAUGAUCAAAAGGACCCUGAUCAGGAGCUGCAGGAAGAGAAACCUUCGUCUUCAAGCUUGGUUUCUAGACCAUCUACCUCAUCCAGAAGGAGAGCAAUUAGUGAGACAGAAGAAAAUUCAGAUGAAUUAUCUGAACGCCAAAGAAAGCGCCACAAAUCAGAUAGUAUUUCCCUGUCCUUUGAUGAAAGCCUGGCUCUGUGUGUAAUAAGGGAGAUAUGUUGUGAAAGAAGCAGUGGCAGUGAAUCGACAGAGACGCCAUCAAACCUGGAUCUUGAUGAUGGUGUAAGUGAACAUUCAGGUGACUGGCUGGAUCAGGAUUCAGUUUCUGAUCAGUUUAGUGUAGAAUUUGAAGUUGAAUCUCUAGAUUCAGAAGAUUAUAGCCUUAGUGAAGAAGGACAAGAACUCUCAGAUGAAGAUGAUGAGGUAUAUCGAGUUACUGUGUAUCAGGCAGGAGAGAGUGAUACAGAUUCAUUUGAAGAAGAUCCUGAAAUUUCCUUAGCUGACUAUUGGAAGUGUACUUCAUGCAAUGAAAUGAAUCCUCCCCUUCCACCACAUUGCAACAGAUGUUGGGCCCUCCGUGAGAAUUGGCUUCCUGAAGAUAAGGGGAAAGACAAAGGGGGAAUCCCUGAGAAAGCCAAACUAGAAAACUCGACACACUCGGAAGAAGGCUUUGAUGUUCCUGAUUGUAAAAAAACUGCAGCAGAUGAUUCCCAAGAAGCCUGUGUUGAGGAAAAUGAUGAUAAAAGUACACAAGCCUCUCAAUCACAAGAAAGUGAGGACUUCUCUCAGCCAUCAACUUCUAAUAGCAUUAUUUAUAGCAGUCAAGAAGAUGUCAAAGAGUUUGAGAGAGAAGAAACACAAGACAAAGAAGAAAGUACGGAAUCUAAUAUUCCCCUUAAUGCCAUUGAACCUUGUGUGAUCUGCCAGGGUCGACCUAAAAAUGGUUGCAUUGUUCAUGGCAAAACAGGACACCUAAUGUCAUGUUUCACAUGUGCCAAAAAACUAAAGAAAAGGAAUAAGCCCUGCCCAGUAUGUAGACAACCAAUUCAAAUGAUUGUGCUAACUUAUUUCAACUAAUUUACCUGUCCAUAGAAAUGGAAUUAUAUAUUUCUAACUAUAAAGUCCUAAAAAUUUAGACAACAUGGAUCUAUUUUUAUUUACAUAUAUCAAAGUGAGGCAUUGUCCUAGUCCACCUAGAUUGCCCUUUUACAGUGUAAUUUAACUUUGGGAGGGGCAAAGUGAAUAUUUACUUUUCAAAGGAAAAUUUCACUUGGGUUGUAAUAUGAUUUGUGUUGGAUAAAUGACUAUAGCUCAUCCUUUACCCUUACUCUUGACUUUAAAUAGUUGCCGCCCCACUUUCUUCUAAAUGUAAAUGAUAUGUAUUG